UAAAACUAUGGCAACAACUUGUACGGUGAACGGUCCUUCUGAAAAGUCUCUGCACUUCAAACAUGGUGAUAAAAUGCUGUGUGGGAGAAGUUCAGACAAAUAGAUCUGAAUGUAGACGGGCUGUAGGAGCAGCAUCGAUGGCUUGAGGGCAAACACUGAUCACACACACACACACACAUACGCACACACAAAAGUGUGGGCCGCUCUGCACCCUGAACCUGUUGUGUUAAUAUGUGUUGAGCAGGAGAUACUCCCACAGGGAUGAAGCCACAUAUGCAAACUGUGCUCCAAACUCAGGCACAGAGGAGUGGCUUAAAAUUGUUCCAGGCCAGCUUGUAAACAAGGCCAGUGUUGUGCGAUAAGGGGACUUUGGAUCUUUCUUCUUUUUUUUAAUUUAAAAUGUUGGGUCUUAGUUUUGAUCACAGUGGCCGUAGCAUUUAAACCAAAAACCGUGGGAGGCAUAAGCCAGCUGAAAUACGAAAUGAGCCGUGAGAAACAAUUGUCAAUUCAGCUGUGCGUUGCCUCAUUACUACUGCUGACACAGUCUUUUCAUUCUAACACAUAGUAGUGGGUAAAACUGGAUUCCCCUGUCCUUAAAGUGCAGUCAGUGCCUGGGAAUGCUCCCUGCCAAUGACAUCAAUCAUCAGCAGGGGGUUGCUAUGAAAGAUUAGAGAAAAUGACACCACGUGGUCUGUCCCCAAUCCCAUCUCCGGCCGUUGACCCAGAGGAGUUGCGUGCGAGGAAGAUGAAGCGCAGGGCAAAAGUCAUUCAGGAACUUGUUCAGACUGAAAAGGACUUCCUCACUGACCUGGAGCUGUGCAUCAGAGAAGUGGUGCAGCCGCUGCGAAAUCUGAUGAUUGUGGAUGUGGAUCGACUGUUCACCAACAUGGAGACGGUGUGUGAGGUCUCUGCAGCACUCCUUCACAGACUGCACGAGGCCAUGGCUGACCCUGAUCCAGAAGCCGUUGUCAUAGGAGAUGUAUUUAUCCAGGCAAAGGCAGCUUUAGAAGAUGUAUAUAAGAUUUACUGUUACCAUCAUGAUGAGGCUAACACGUCCCUCAAAUCCUAUGAGAAAGAUGAAGAAAUCAAGCAACAUUUUACCACAUGUGUAUUAGCACUGAAGAAAAUCUAUGACAAAGAAGGGAAACCUAAUUUGUUGGAUAUGGGUUCACUGCUCAUCAAACCCGUUCAGAGGAUCAUGAAGUACCCAUUGCUUCUUGGGGAGCUGUGGCACGCCACGCCUGAAGACCACCCCGACUAUCAGCCGACGCAGGAGGCGUUCACAGCUGCCAAGAUCAUAAAUAUUAACAUCAAUGAAUUUAAAAGACGCAAGGACAUAGUUAUGAAGUACAAGAGGUUGGAGGAUGACGGCACACUGAGGGGAAAAUUAAACAAGUUUAACAUCCACUCCAUCAGGAAGAAGGGAGACAGGUUUGCUGGUUAUCUCAAAAUCCUCACGGGUGCUGAUACACAGGUGAGAGAUGAAGUGUUUGACAGAGAGGAGAAGCUUUUCAGGAGUUUAGAGAAAGCUGUGAGGCAAUUGGUCAAAAAUGUUCAAUGUUACCUGCAAUACACUCAGGAGAUGGUGUCUGUAGCUGUUCAGAGUGUGCAGGAUGUGAAGAACAUAGUCAAGGAUUCAAACAAAAAUGAUGGCAAUGGUUUGGUGCACGACAAUGGCUACGAUCCCUAUAAGGUCUUUAGAGACAAUUUGGAGCACUUGGUGCUCACCCCCCUCUCCUCUCUGCACGGCAUGUUCACAGCCCCUCAGAAGCUCAUCCAAAAACGCUAUGACAAAUUGCUAGAUUACUGCAGUCACCUGGAGCGCUCUUCCUCUUUUUCAUCCGCUUCUUCCACCACUUCUUCCUCUCCUUCACCGGCAUCUGAAGACCCACCAGGUCCAGCCAAGAGGGACUACGAAGCUCUCAAUGCUUUGCUAGUGGAAGAACUGCAAAGGUUCAACACAGCUGCAUAUACUAUCCUGACUAACAGUGUGGUGUUUCUAGUGGCGCUACUUAGAGGGCUGAUGAAUAAUGCACUGUUGGGUGCUCCAUCAGUGCACCAGCUACCACCUCCGCUGUCAAACAUUGCUGAGGUCCAGAACAGCAUCAUGGAUGAGCUGAAUAAUCUGACGUUUGUCAAGGACAAUGCACAGAAGUUAAUGGAGCGAAAAGUCAGCUUUGAAAAACGAGACAGGAAAACAGCGGUGCCGGAAGUGCAGCAUCAGACCGAGGAGCAGCGUGCCUGGCUGCUGGCAGAAUACCCAGUGAACCGACUGUACCAGCUGAAGAGGAAGUGCAAUGGCUGCCAGGAGCAGGACCUGAGCCUGCUGGAGGGAGAGCUGGUAGCUCUGAUUGAGGACACAGAUCCGAUGGGCAGCAGCAGCCGCUGGCUGGUUCACACUGGAGGUAUGCAAGGCUACGUCUACUCCACCUUCCUGAAGCAGUACAACCCUCUGAGGGACUCGCAGCGGGCAGGCCAGAUGGCCAAAGAGCAGCCCCAGCAGCAGCCACCUGCCACGGUGGAUGAGGACUUUGAUGACCUGAGUCUGUUCGUGUCAGGAAGCGGCAGCAGCAGCCUGCGCAGCUUCAAGCUCAGCACCACUGACAGUUGCUCAAUUCUCUCGGGCCUGCAGGGGGAGCUGGAGAGCGCUGAGGACACGGAGGACACAGUGGACUCAGAGGCUCAGCAGUAUUACGCCGUGUAUGCAUUUCAAGCCCGAUGCGAACAGGAACUGACCCUGCAGGAGUACCAGCACGUUCGCAUCCUUCAAUUCUGUGACCUGGGAGGUAACAAGGAGUGGUGGUUGGCUGAGGCUAACGGACAAAAAGGAUACGUCCCAGCCAACUACCUCGGCAGGAUGUCCUACGCGUAAAACCCCCCCCAAUUCUGAGCAUCAGUUUACCGUUUUGACAAAAUGUAAUUGAAGCAAGCUACAUUUCUGCUUGGCGAGCAUCCCAACUGACAUUGUUAUCAUACCAUAGUGUUGAUGUUGAAUCUGCUUGGCCUUCAGAAGAUAACAAGAGAGCUCACUAAUGGGGCUCGACCAGUGAUCUGUGAUGAAUGUGGAUAAUUAUAAAAGCACAGGGCACUGUGCUGAGCACUUUUUAUACUUCAGUGUUGUCGAGUUCAUAUGAA